AUGAAAAGACUCAAUUCUUAUUCAACAGUGCAGGACAAUUCAUAUGAGAAGACUAUUAUCUCAUAUCAGGAUUUGAAAGAAGCAGAGAGAGCUAUACUUACUUUCAUUCAGCGACAGGAAUUUCCUACAGAAAUUAACAUCCUUGCAACAGGAAACUCUUGUGUCAGUCGUGGUAGCAGGAUCAGGAACCUGGAUCCUUUCUUGGAUGAAGGACUCUUGCGUGUCGAUGGUCGUUUACAGAAGUCAAGUUUUCCAGUGGGAAUGAAACAUCAAGUGAUUUUACCUAAAGAUCAUAAUGUGUCCACUUUAAUUCUUAGACAAAUUCACCACGAUCUGCUUCACAGUGGUAGAAAUCACAUGUUAGCGAAGUUAAGAGAGCAUUACUGGCUUAUUCAUGCUCCUUCUUCCAUUCGAAAGGUAAUAUCAAAGUGUGUUACAUGUCGACGUCAGAGGUCAAAGGUUGGAGAGCAGAAGAUGGCAAGUCUACCCAAAGAUCGUAUUGUUCCAGAUGAACCGCCAUUCAGCAGAGUUGGAGUCGAUUACCUUGGACCGUUUGAGGUGAAACUGAAACGUAGUCGUGUUAAACGUUAUUGCGUGAUAUUCACUUGCUUAGCCAGUAGAGCAGUACAUUUGGAAGUUGCAGCUUCAUUGGAUACAGACUCUUACAUAAAUGCCCUGCGUCGUUUUAUUGCAAGAAGAGGACAAGUCAAGAAGAUACGUUCUGACAAUGGAACUAAUUUUGUUGGUGCCGAACGUGAACUUAGAAGAUCCAUACAAGAAUGGAAUCAAUCUCAGAUUCAGUCUGCAAUGUUACAGAAAAACAUAGACUGGCAAUUCAACCCACCAGCAGGAUCACAUUACGGCGGAGUACCAAUCACCAAGAACAACGAUCAGCAUUGUGACUUGGAGCCUCUUACACCAAAUCAUUUGCUGUUGAUGAAGCGGAAACCAAACUUACCUCCAGGAGUCUUCGACAAGACAGAUAUUUAUCACAGGCGCCGUUGGAGACAGGUAUAA